AUGCAUCAACGACCGCGGCCGUUACCCCGGCCGGCCUCGGAGGCUCCUAACCCUCCCAUACCGGCAGACGAGAGACCGCUCUCAGACAAACAGGUACAAGACCAGAUCGCAAAGCUGAACCAGAUCAUCCAGAACUACCAUACCAAAGCGGCGCUGAUUAUUCUUCAUUCGAGGACCGUUUUACGGCCGAUAUACAGAGAGGGUGUGAAGAAAUUCAAUGUCGAGGUCGAUGACACAGAUACCCUGCGAGAAGAUCUCACCCAAUGGCGGAACUGUACCGCUACCGAUAAACGGCCCGAGCCGCUCAUCAUCGAAACCUUUCUCGACGGCUCUCAGCUCCAAAAGCACGAAGAACUCGUCAUUCUAGAUGAUCAUGGCAAGCGAUGGGAUGUCUUUGACGCUCUCUCCGAUACCCCUGGAGGGCCACCGGAAAAGAAACGCGGCACAAGGAAUGAGGUCAUUCUGGAAAGAUGGGUUAUCGAGUUGGGCUCUUCCAACUCUUCUGGUCUACCAGGAGACAUGACGCAUAUCUUACCAACGACAUACAAGAAGUGCAUCAUUACAUUUCGCUCCUUGUUCGCUUACUCUAAAUUACUGCCUGCCUGGAAGUUCACUAAACGCCAGUCGAAGGUCGCCUCCCAUCCAGCUUUGCGGCUACAGCAUCGCAUAAUACCAGCAAGCAAAAGCCAAUACGGCAGCCGUUCGGAUCCCUUGGCUAUUCCUCUGUGCGGCAGCUCAAGCGAUGAACCGGAUACCUACUCCUUCGGUGUCACUGAAUCCCCGGCUGGACCACUUUCGAUUCGUGUGACUUAUCGGAUUAACUGUGAAUUUCGUGUCGACGACGCUGAGUCCAUGUUCAGCUCGCGGUUUAUGGGGGUGGAUGAUGACCUAUUCCGCCCCUCCCUACCAUCGGCGAAUGACCGUGAAGAGCAAGUUCGAGCCCAAAAUGUAGAUAUCGGCUCUUUGCCGGCCAAGCAUAGGGCCUCGAACAAUCCGGAUCUCAGCCAAGCAUAUGGCAGCAUGUCAACCUUCCAUCGUGCCGAUCCAAGCAUCAAGGGAAGUCCCAUAUCUGCCCUCCGCGCAGCUAGGGAGUUAGUUGGUGGCUCGCCUUCUCCUCCAACACAGAUGCCUUCACCGAAACUUGGUCAUGCACGGGUUGCUUCACUUUCCGGCGAAGACGGACAUUCAAUGCAGCGCAGGCCGUCAGUCUCCUACCAACCAUUCAAGGCACCACCACUCUCAGCUUCUCCUGGUCCCGGCGCUCCUCGUAGCCCAUCAACCAGGGAACCCUUAAAUAUAAGCGUCAACCCAGCCCAGAAUGUCCUAGGAGCCUCUCCAUCUCCCAGGAGAAUACCGAACUCAUCCACCCGCCCUCUCUCAGCGCACGUUUUGCCCGACCAGGCUGUCUUCUCCUCGAUGUCUGCUUCUCCAAAACAAGCUCCUAUCUCAAAGUAUAGCAGCUCGUUCAGCCACAGACGUGGCCGCCUCUCUACCGGCGGAGGAAGCAAGACCGAAGAAGACAAUAACUCGAGUGGAAAAGCAAGCAUCAGUUCAUCGUCAGCGAUGGCAACAGGACAGCGAGACUCGACCUCUGGUGUUUUCCCUGUGGUCGAUACUGAUGAAGACAACAUCUCUGAGUUUCUCAAGAUGCUGGACCAGCGGAAGGAUUUGCUAUCCAACGGUCCUGAUGGUUCGACUUUCGAUCCGGCAUCGAGCAGAAGGACUACCACAGCAACACUAUCUAGGUUCCAGAAGAUGAAGGACACUAAUACCGCCUUGUCAGAUUCUAUGACUUCGUCUCUCUUACUACAUCGGUCAACUGCCUCCUCAUCUAGCAAACACCUUCCUCCAGCCGCAACAAGCAACCCGACAUCUACGGCUGCAGCAAACUCGCUACCUAGCGGCGUCUCAGGAUCCAUAUCAUCAUCUCCGGGCAAAGCUAUCUCCCCACAUACACCACAUACCCCAGCUGUUCCAUCUAGGCUGAGCUCAAACAGCGUGAUUGAGUAUCCUAGUCCCGACGAACCGGGCCAUAUCAUUACCACAAAUACCCGCUCGCGUCGCGCUCCUCGCCAUGAAUCUCCCCUGGGAGAAGCCUCUGAGCCUGACCAAGAAUCAGAAUCAGGACCACCAUCCCAAAUAACUACUACGGCCAAUGCGAUUGAUAUACCGCUGCCUGCCUCUCCACAUAACCGACAUCACCGGGGAGCAUUCAUUUCUAGUUUCCGUCGCUCCAGUUCUGCUGCUCAGCGUCGAACUAGCACAGCAAAUUCAAACAACACCGCAACAGGAGACGAAGAUGUUCCUGACUUCUUGCCCUUCCCGACAACUACCAGAAGUAUCAGUCUAGGAGCGCAAGACAGAUCCCCGCCAUCUAUCAGCGAGCUGCUGCAGUCUGCGAGUCCGGAUGCGGAGAACCACCCUGCAGUCCCAUCCCCGGUCGACAGACGCCAAACGGAAAGCCCUCAGACUCUUGACGCGGAGAAUACAAAAGACAGAACAGCUUUGCCUUACCAGCCUCGCGUUACUCCUCAACCGCUUGACCGAGAACCACAGGCACAUCCCUCACAUACACAUGCACGACGAGCUAGCGCAAGAAGGUUCAGCACCGCCCGUUCACCAUGGAGCAAUGUAAACCCUUCAUCGAGUCCCAACCCUCACGGUAAUGGAAUUAUGGACGAGGAUGAACCACUAUUAUUCACUAUGUCGGAUUUCGGAGCGGGAAUCAGUCACCGCACAACUACCCAUGAAUCAAGACGAGACCACGACAGACGUCGAGAUCGCGAGAAUAAUCGAGAAAGUGAUGGUGGCGGCGGCUCUGGUUCUGGCGGUGGGAAUCCCUGCUCAUUUCAUCCUUGGGAUUAA